AUCUUACGUGGGCGGGGUUUGUUUCCAGGAAGUGAGUUGUGCGACCAGAGACCACGGGGCCUAACUCAACUUUCUGCUUGUCAUUCGGACUGUUAACUCACCCGUACCUCCAUCUACAAACAUGGGCGAUGAUGAAGAGAAGUAUGACGGCAUGUUGCUUGUUAUGGCGCAACAACACGAAGGAGGAAUACAGGAGUUAGUAAACACAUUUUUCAGCUUCCUCCGCCGCAAAACUGAUUUCUUCACUGGUGGUGAACCGGGAGCUCCAGAGAAGCUGGUCAAAGAGUCUCUGGCCCACCACAGUCAGCUAGCGCUGAAGUCCCACAAAGAGAAGCAGAAUAAACAGGAGAAGGAAAAGAAAGAGAAAGUUGAAAGAGCUGCCAAGCUGGCAGAGGAAAAGAAGAAAAAGACAAAUGUAGACGGUCCCAGAAUUCAGGAACUGACUGAUGAAGAAGCAGAGAAACUUCAGUCUGAACUUGACAAGAAAAAGAAAGAAGAGGAGAAAAAGAAGAAUGCAACAACAAAUGUGGAGAAGUCAUCUGACAAAGUAGAAAAAGAGAAGGGGUCUGACUCAGACGGAGAGGAGGAUGAGAAGGACAAAGAUAAACUGAAGCCCAACUCAGAAAACGGAGCUGACCUGCCAAACUAUAGGUGGACACAGUCCCUGUCUGAAGUUGAUCUGUCCGUGCCUUUCGAUGUGAAGUUCCGCAUUAAGGGGAGAGACGUAGUGGUGGACAUCCAGCGACGCUCCAUCAAGGUCGGCCUGAAGGGACACCCCCCUAUUAUUGAAGGAGAGCUUUACAACGAGGUGAAGGUAGAAGAAAGCUCCUGGCUCAUUGACGACGGCAAGGUUGUUACAGUCCACUUGGAAAAGAUUAAUAAAAUGGAGUGGUGGAGCAAGAUUGUGACCACAGAUCCAGAAAUAAACACCAAGAAAGUCUGUCCAGAAAACUCAAAGCUGUCAGACCUGGACGGGGAGACGCGUGGUAUGGUGGAGAAGAUGAUGUACGACCAGAGACAGAAAUCAAUGGGCCUACCUACAUCUGAAGAGCAGAAGAAACAAGACAUUCUUAAAAAGUUCAUGUCCCAGCACCCAGAGAUGGAUUUCUCAAAAGCCAAAUUCAGCUGAGACUCUCAGUUAAAUCCACAUCAUGACUCAUGUGCAUCAUAUCAGAGCCGAAGUCAGGCACCCUCCAUCUGGUCUCUCCACACUGACGGAGAUGUUUUUUGUUGACUAACAUGUCUGAAGAGCGUUGAUGUCAUCAUAAUAAAGUUGAUGACUGAAAUGCCCCUGUUUGCCCUUUUGCAUGUCGUCUCAAUAUUUAAAGAUAUGUCUGGAUCUUUUUUUUUUUUUAAAUAAAUGACUUUAA